UGGAAGGUGGUGGUGGUGGUAAGAUGGCUGGGGAGCACGUGGAGGAGGAGGCGGCGGCGGCGACUCGCGGCGCGGGGAAGGCGGAGCGGGGUGGGCGUCUCGCCAAGGGCCGCGAGUUUCUCGACAUCUUCUGGGACAUCCCCAAGGAGGACCAGGACGUGAGGCUGCGGGCCAUCCGGAGGCUCAUCGAUCACCUGAAGAGCAAUGGAGAGGAGGAGGAGAUGCAGUACAGCCUCAGGCGUCUGGUGGAUGGACUCGUGUCCGUGCGAGACGCUGCCAGGCCGGGCUUCACCCUCGCCCUUGCCCAGGUUCUGGCAUCGUUUGAGUCCCUGGAUCUACUGACCAUUCUCUCCAUGAUCAAGGAACGACUUGUCGUCCAAAAGGCAAAGAAGAGGCUGGGAAAGCAGUACGCCAUCGGGAAUGUGUUCGGAGUGCUUGCGCUGGCACAGUCUGGACGCUUGAUGAAGGAGCCCCAGGUGCUCCUUGCUGCGCUGGCACACCUGCGGAAGAUGCAGGAUUACGAGGAGUUUGUCAAGAACCUGCCCAUGAAGGCCAUCUGUGAGAUCGUGGCCGAGGUCCCGGAGGACGUGUUUCGCGACGGCGUGCUGGGCAAGCUGCACUCGGAGCUCUCCCUGUCGCUGCGCGCGCCCGACAACCUGAACCUGCUGCUCACGUGCAUCGAACACUUCCCGGACGUCGUCGACGACAGCGUCAUCGCCCAGUCCAUCGGCACCAAGACUGUCGUCUGCCGCGACAACGUGCUGAGGCUCGUGGGCCUACUGAAGCAGACCGCCCUGUCGGUGGCCAAGAACGACCCAUUCCCCCCGCUCUGCAUGAAGCUGGUGUCGCAAGCCCUGAAGGAGGGCACCUUCCAGCUACUGUGGAAGGAGGUCGUGGAGAAGGUGGCCCGGGACAAAUCGUCGCCGUGCCUGUUCCUGUGCCUGCGGCUGCUUGGCCACUGCCUCCCGGUGCUGUCAAUCCCCCACAUCCAGCUGGUGCUCACCAGCGACGUCAUGAAGGCGUACGGGGAGUACGAGCGCACCAAGAUGCAGAAGAAGUACAAUAUCUCGCGCGAGGUGGACGAGCUGGUGGAGGCGUUCCUGUUGGCGCCCGAGACGGACGACGACCGGCAGCUCGCGGUGGUGGUCGGCUUCUGUUCCGUGGCGAACCGCAGCCGCCCCUUCAUGCCGGGGAACUGGGGCGUCGUGCGCAAGCUGAGCCCCGCCGCGCUGCGCCGCUACGUGGCGUGGCUGCGCGGCUCCUUCCUCUCGCCGGACAUGGACGCCAUCGUGGACUUCACUCCCGAGUGGCAGUACCAGCGGGAAAGCACCGACAAGUGGGAAGGCGACCAGCGGCAGAUCGACCCCGUUGGCCGCUUGCGGAGGUGGAUCGUGGAGAGAUUCUCGGCUCUGGUGGAGAACUCCCAGGUGCAGAAGGACGAGGAGCUCGUGCUGGAAAUUACCAGAUUCGUUUUCUUUCACUCGUUCUUCCACACGAUGAAGCCGAGUGCGAGCGUGCCGGAGAGUCAGGAGCAGGCGACGGUGUCGCUGGACCACAGCACCAGAAUGAGCAUGGGGCACAUGUUCUUCAGCCUGCUGCACCACCUGAACAACAUGCGCGUGCUGGGGGACGACGAGACGGCGGUGGCGCUGAACGCACGGCACUCCCAUGGCGUGCGGCGCGACGGCACCCUCUGGGUGUACACGGUGGCGUGCCUGGCCGAGGAGCUGAUGCAGGCGAGCGGCACCGUGCGGCUCGUCAACCCUCUCAGCAAGGACGAGCUGGCCUCCUGGAAUAGGACCAUGAAGGUUGUGAGCGAUUUGCGCAAGAAGAGCAAGAAGAUUAAGAGCUCGGAGAGUGCGGCCUUUCAAGUCCUGCUGCUCUCCGUCGCGCUGAAACUCUUUCAGGGUAGAGAUGACUGCUCGGACAUCCUCACCGACCUGCAAGCCUGCAUUGAGAAGGCUACUGCGGCGCAGAAGAUGAAAGCGGAAAAGGCUGCAGAGACCGGGGAGCCGGGCUGGGUGGAGGUGAUGGUGGAGAUUUUGCUGUCGCUGCUGUCCCAGAAGAGCCGCCUCCUGCGCCACAUCUGCGGCAGCGUCUUCGCUCGCAUCUGCCCAAACAUAACGGCACCGGCCUUCCAGCUCAUCCUCGACGUUUUUAACGUGGAGAAAUCGGAGGAUGAAGAUGGAGCAAUAAUGGUGGUGGACUUGAAGAAGAAGGGUGAAGAAGAUGAGGAUGAUGAGAAGGAGGAGAGCUCCGAGGAGGAGGAGGAUGAAGAGGCUGCCGAGGAUUCCGGUGCCGAUUCCGGCGCGGAGGAUGAAGACGGCGACGAGGUGGACGAGAAGGAGGAUGUGGACGAGAACUUCCGACUGCAGCUCAUGAAAGUGCUGCAGGAGGGGAACGCCUGGGCCGGAGAUGACAGCAACGACGAAGACAUCGAUAACGCCGACGAGGAAGCGAUGAAUGCGCUCGACGAGAACCUGUCGGCGCUCUUCCUGGAGCAUAAGAAGAAGCUUGCGGCCAAGCGGGAGGAGAAGGAUCGCUUCCGCGGAGAGCGCCGCCUGAAGAGGGAGUUCCGCAUCAAGGUGCUCGACCUGGUGGAGAUCUUCCUGACCAAGCGACCAGAGAGCCCCCUGGCGUUCGACGUCAUGGAGCCCCUGCUGGCCGUCAUCCGCACCUGCAUGCGUGACGACACGGAGAAGCAGGAGGAGGAGUACCUGCGCAAGACCGUCAACAUCUUCCAGAAUUCGCUGUGCAAGGCGAGGAAGUACUGCCGAGAGCUGGAGGAGCACAAAGAGCGCCUGCACGGCAUGCUGGAGAAUCUGGUGAAGCGCGCCGGCAAGCAAAACGACCCCUCCGUUGGGAGCUACUUCUUCAGCGGCUCGCUGUACUGCCUGCGCGUGCUGCUGAGCGGCGCAUCCAGCGUCGGUGACGACGCUGAGAAGAACGAGGAAGAGAUGGAGACGGACAAGGAGAGCUUCGUGGAUGCGGAUCGCGUGGUGCAGGUGUACCGCACGGCACUCGCAGAGUUCCUGACCCGCAGGAACAGCUCCUACAGCACCAAGAUGUUUGUCGAUCUUUUGCACCGCCUGCCGUCGAUGGGACUGAAGCUGCACGAACUGCUGGUCAAGUACAUCGAUGACGGUGCCAAGGAUCAUCAGCAGGGCCAAGCGUGCGUGCUGCUGCUCAAAGCUCUCCAGCAGUGCGCCGGCUUCAAGGACUCGAUGAAGGAGUCGAAAAGGACCCGGCUCUAUCAGAAGAUCAUGGAUCAGAUUGUCCAGAGCUUGGAGAACAUGACCGAUUUCAAGAUGAAAACUACGAAGGAUAAAGUGGUGCACGCGAUGGAACUCGCAGCCUACGUGGUCAGAACUGCUGGCCAACAGCACUUGGACGUGACGUUGGUUCCGCUGACAGAGGCGCUGCAAGGCCUCGCCAAGGUGGAGGGAAUUGGCCAGUCGCGGCAGGUGGAGGACAACCUGUGGAGGGUGCUACAUCUGCUCGGAGUCAUACGCCCAAAAAAGGACAAAAGGCGAAAAAGGAAGAACGCUGCCGCCGGUGACGAGCCGGCCGUAGAAGGGGAGGAGAAGACGGAGGGAGAGGAGGCGCCACCGCCCCUUUCCAACCGGCAGAAGAAGCGAGGAAAGCUGCCCGAGACAAAGAAACGCAAAAACCGCAAGGGCAAACCGGAGCCCAUCGAGCUGGCUGCCCAGGCGGAGAGAGAAGAGGCUGCCGGCACUCCAUCCAAAAAGCGCAAGACCAAGGGCGGCGCGGCCGAGGAGAGCGCGGCGGAAAAUAAGAAAAAGAAAGCAGCAGCGGCGGGCGAGGGGCUUGCUCAGGAGCCACCGCAGGAAGGCGAGGAGAAGAAGAAGAAAAAGUGGAGACCCCCGAAGAGGAAGCCGAAGGUCAACAUGUCGAACGCGGCGGGAGAGAACGGAGAAGCGCCGAAGGAAGCCAGCAAGGGAAAGGGAGCGGGGCCCUCGAAGCAGGGCGGAGAAAAGAAGACGAAAGCUGUGAAGGGAACGGGUAACGACGAGGUGGUGGCCAAGGGGAAAGAUGGACAGAAGAGUUCCGGAUCGGCCCAAAAAGAUUCGACGGGAAAGAAACGAAAGUUGUCUCAUUCUGCGGAAGGUGUCGUUGCCGCGUCGGGGAAAAAAACUCCCAAAGAUAGAAAACCGUAAUUGUGCAACUGUUGUCACGUGUAAAGAAAUGCGUCCAUAGAUUGUAACGUUGUCGUCCUGUUAAAUUAACGUUUUCGAAAAAAAAAUCUCAUUGAGAUUUCUUGUUUUAAAAUCACAAUUAUGGUUCAAUCUCGUGGGGAAUGUUGCGCGUUUGUUUUGGACUUGAAAAUAAGAGUUCUACGUCAGUUCUGUCUGCAUUGUAAAGUUGUAUUCUGCCAUUUUGUAAAAUAAUGGUUUCUGUGCAAAUGUAUUAAAAUAAAUACAUGUAUUAAACCAU